AUGGUGAGCAGGGUGAGUGUGUUCUCAGUGGUUCGCGAUGAGUCUUUGCUGUCUGAUCACGCCCCUGUGAGCGUAAAAAUCUCACUGCCUAACGUCGACACAGAGAGCCUGCUCGUUCGCGCUCAACUUCUGGGGGAGCGUAUGAUUUGUGUCCCAAGAUAUAAAGGGGAGGUUCUCUUCAACACCUGGCGCGGGAUAUUCUCAGGUGAUGGCGGUCGCUUCAUGCAGAAACCGAGAAUAUUCAGCUUCGAUGGCAAGGAAUGUGUCCCUCACGCCGCUGUCUCUUUCUUCCAGGACGACAACGUAGAGGACUGCCCUGUGUGCCUCAACACCUUUGACGACACCCACAGGCGGCCACGCAACCUGCCGUGCCGGCCAGUUCCCUAUCUCCUAUAUCACAGAGGCCUUUAUCAGGAAGAUGAGAGGUGCAGGACUGGCCUGUGUGGCACCCAAGCCAGAAAAGCAGCUGACAGCUCCGGCAGCAGUGACACAGCCUGCACCAAGGGCCACAGCGGGACUCAGCAAGAGGACACGGUCCCUGCUGCAGGAGCAAGAGGCAAAGGUCCUGGCCGCCAUCCGCUCCUGCCAGGAGGAGCAGAGCCAGCUGGCAGACUACCGGACAACCCUGGGUGGGUGGUGUGGCCGCCAGCAGCAGCUGGAGGACGACCUCCAGACGCUGGUGGACCAGAGCAAGGGUGCCUGGAGGCGAUAAGCCGCGAGGACUCCCGCGUGGAGGGCAGGCAGGAGAAGGUGCGGCAGAGAGAGGAGGCGCUGCACGCCAUGCUGCAGGAGCUGCGCACUCCAUCAACACGACAGGAAGCUUACGAGGUUGCAAAGUCAUCCCGUUCAGCCCUGCAGGCCGCCACCCUGCAGGCCACACAGACGGCCAUUGAGCCAGCAGGCUCUACUGCUGCUGCUGCUGCUGCUGCUGCAGGUGACUCCAGCCUCUCGGAGUCACCUGCCGCAGCCUCCUCCAUCGCGGACAGGCUGGCGGCCCUGCUGGAACCGAGUCUGACGGCGGAGGAGCUGCUGAGGCUGACGCAGCGUGCCAGGGGCCUGGUGGAGGCCGGCCGUGUCUUGGCCGUCCAGGACGUGGAGGGACAAACUCGGCACGCCAGAAUCAGCCUGGAACACGGCCGCCUGCACCUCCACUCCCUGCAGGCCACGCCCCUGCCCCCACGCCCUCACCCUGCAGAUGGGCGAGGUGGUGCCGGCCGCCCGCCCUGCGAGGUGUUCCUGGACCUGGCGUGGCCCGGCAGUGCGGCGCGGCGGGUGGUGGUGAGUCUACCCGGGACACCCCAGGGGCCGGCAGUUUGUGUUGCUGUGCUCGGGGCAGCGGGGCGCCUGCUACGCCAACACCUCCUUGUUUAUGGUGUGGGGUGA